GGUGCAGGCCCACAACCCGCCAAAUCUCCUCUCUUUUCCGAUAAGUGCCCUCGGUCAUAUUCUCAUCUGAUCCGAACGAACUCUCGGAACGGACGACAAGCUAAAGACAACUCCAUUUCUCCCAAUUCCCCUCCACUCUCGAAGCCUCUCCCAUUCCGCGGGCCCGUUUGUCCUGUGGCUUCGCAUACACCAAAAAUGGCCGACACGAAGACUACCCUCAAUACACCACCCGCAUAUAUCAAGGCCACGGAGCACCUGAGCCGACCCCGUGCGCCUUCCGCUGCCGCUGGUGGUCCCGGCCCGCGGACGCCACUACCACUCAAUCUCCCUAUCAUCUCUUACCUCAAGUCCAAGCGCGUGGUCCUCGCCUCUGCCUCGCCGCGGCGGCGCGCCCUCCUUGCGCAGGUCGGCCUGACGAAUCUCGAAAUCACCCCCUCAACAAAACCCGAGGACCUCGACAAGUCGGCCUACGGACCUUACGAGUAUGUCUCCGAGACGGCGCGGAAAAAGUGUCUCGACGUGUACGAGACGGCUCUGCAGACGCACCUUGCCUCGAUCCCGGACCCCGACGUCGUUAUCGCCGCCGACACUAUCAUCGUAACCCGCGACGGCCGCGUGCUGGAGAAGCCGCGUAGCGAGGCCGAGCACAUCAAAAUGCUGCGCCACCUAAGGGAUACUCGCGUGCACCGCGUGCUGACAUCCGUGUGCGUGAUCGCGCCGAGAGAGGACGCGCGGUCGCCGGGCUACGAGAUUGGGAAUCACACUGAAGAGACCAAAGUGUACUUUGCGCAGGAGAACAAUGGACUGCCAGACGAUGUCAUUGAGGCGUACGUCAAGACGAGAGAGGGCGCUGACAAGGCGGGCGGAUACGCGGUGCAGGGCAUCGGUGGGAUGCUGCUCGUUGAAAAGAUCGAGGGCAACUUUGACAACGUGGUCGGCUUGCCCGUGAGACAGACGCUGGCGCUCACGGAGAAGGUGGUUUUCAAACAAAAUGAAGAGGAAGUGGGCGAAGAAGAUACCGAAGAGGAUUUGAUGUAAUUUGGAGGAUAGUUGAGCGACUCGGUACAUACCCAACCCCCUCAACAUGAGAGGCAACGCAUCUAGAGGGCGCGCGAAAUAUUUUGAGGUGGCCCCUGCUUCUGCUUUCGUCUCUCUUAGUCGAGUUGACAGCCUGCACUGUUUGUGUUGUCGUGUAAAGGUGCUCGGAGUACAGUUACAGACAAAGCGCGGUAUGUGAAGGGCCAGUCUUCGUAUCUGUUACUUCACCGAGGCCCGGACUUUGGAAUCUCCAAGUUACUGGGGGAGAAAACAACGUGCAAAAGGGUUCGUACCAGAUUGACGUGCUGGUUUGAGAAAAUCGAGCAUAUACAAUCCAUUCUAGAGAAUGACUGUGUGAAGGUAUGAUAUGAAAAGGGAAGGCUAUUAAAUGAUGUGACAAUCAGACAAUGCAUAAUAGAAGACAUUCUCCUCUAGCACGGAACUCCAUCUGGCGAACAAUCAAGAGU